UGUGCAUCCACAGGCAAAGUAAAAUAAAAAAGCGUGGAAGUAAGAGCGACCAAACCGCUUGCGAAUAACAAAACAUAUUUAAAAGAAUCUGAGUGACGACAUUGCACGAAAAUACGGCGAAUAGAGCGUCACACCAAAAACGUGAAUUUAACUUAAAUGGCGUAAAGUGAGAAAACAACGUAUUUCUCAUGCCCAUCUAACGACAACAACAAAUCCAAAGAUACACAGAGUAGACAGUGAUUCGGAAAUUCAAAAUUAUAAACAUUGGAGAACUUUGGAACUGGAUUGGCAGCCGUACCCCACCGACAGCACCCCCCCUACAAAUACGAAAAUAGACAAACAACAUGAAUUUACUGCUGCAUCCCAAAGGAUCAAUGCAUCUGAAAUCGCAUUACAUGUUUCAGAAUUUCUACAAGCGCUAUCUUAGAACGAAUUAUUAUGCAUACAGUGCAACGACAAAAGGCCAGUCCUACGCGGAAGAUUCAGUUUCUUCACAGCCAUGGAACAUUCGGCAAAGGAGAACGUUAAGUGACCAUUCACUUAGCUCCAGUCAGCGCCAUGUUUGUCGUCAACAUCAUUUUUCCGGUCAUGGCUUCCGGCAUUUUCACGUCGAUCGCACGCUCUUUGAUUCGUGCUCGAAGAUUGAUGCGACUGUGAAGAAACUGAAAAAUCAGCAAAAGGAAAAGGUCGAAGAGAUCAUGAAGGAAGUGGCCAACGGGCAGGCUGCAAAGGAAACGGCAUCGGUUGCCCCGGUGACCUUCAGCAGCCCCGACAAUGCCGCUCUAGACGCCAGUACAGCAUCGAAAGCGACACCAGCUGGUACAAAGUCAGCGUCUGAAUUAACAGAGGCUGCAUCCAAAGCUGUGGCAAAGCCCAAGAAGCCGCUUCAACAGCGCAUUUGGGAUGAACUGGUGCAUUAUUAUCAUGGCUUCCGGUUACUAUUCAUCGACACGGCAAUCAGCACGAAGCUGCUUUGGCUUGUCCUCAAUGGCAAGACUUUGACGCGACGCGAGAAUAAACAAUUGCAGCGUACGACAUCGGAUCUGUUCCGUUUAAUACCGUUCUCGGUUUUUAUUAUAGUUCCAUUCAUGGAGCUGCUGUUGCCGUUGUUUAUUAAAUUCUUUCCGGGCAUGCUACCCUCCACUUUUCAAACGGCCAAGGAUCGUCAAGAGCGCUUAAGGCAGUCACUGGCCGUCCGCCUCGAAGUUGCCAAGUUUUUGCAGAAAACGCUUGGCCAAAUGCCCGUACAGCACAAGGAGCACUGCAGCGAGGAGGCUAAACAGUUUGAGAUGUUCUUUCGCAAGAUCCGCAAUCCCACAGAGCAAGUAAGCAACGAUGAGAUCAUUAAAUUUGCUAAGCGUUUUGAUGAUGAGAUCACACUGGAUUCGCUCAGUCGGGAGCAGCUUGCUGCUCUCUGCCGUGUACUGGAGCUGAACACAAUUGGCACAACAACCCUAUUGCGCUUCCAGCUGCGGCUCAAGCUUCGCUCAUUGGCUACCGAUGAUCGUGUGAUAUCACGCGAAGGCGUCGAUUCGCUCGAUCUCUUUGAGCUGCAGCAGGCGUGCAAGGCACGUGGUAUGCGUGCCUAUGGGCUAACAGCGGAACGCUUACGCUUCCAGCUCAAGGAAUGGAUCGAUUUGUCGCUGAACGAACAGGUGCCACCUACUCUGCUGUUAUUGUCACGUGCGAUGCUCAUCUCUGAUGACAGCAUUACGACGGAUAAGCUGAAGGAGACAAUGCGCGUGCUUCCCGAUGCAGUGGCUGCACAUACACGUCAUGCGAUUGGUGAACGUGAGGGCAAGGUUGAUAAUAAGACGAAGAUUGAGAUCAUCAAAGAAGAGGAGCGUAAGAUUCGUGAAGAACGCGAAGAGGAAGACGAAGAAUCAAUUGCUAAGCGAUCGGCCAUCAAGGAUGAUCUGGCGACGCCAUAUGUUUCUACCGAGGAAAUUGCAAAGGUUACUCAUCUGAUGGACAAGAAAAUAGAGACAGUUGAAUGUAAUGAGAAGACCAUCUCACCGACGGAUGUGCAACUGCUGUCGGAUGCGUUGAAGACGCUGUCGUCAGACAAACAGCUUGUUGUGGAGAAAGAGACGAUCAAGGAACUAAAGGAAGAGCUGCGCGACUACCAGGAAGAUGUCGAGGAGCUGCGUGAAGUGCGGCAGGUGGUCAAGGAGCCUGUGCGCGAGAGUCGAGCUGCCAAGCUUCUUUAUAAUCGUGUCAACAAAAUGAUCUCGCAGCUGGAUACUGUGCUUAACGAUUUGGAGCAUCGCCAGCAACAGAUUAAGCAGGUGGAUACCACCGAUCAAGUCGUAGCUGGUGCCCCCAAUCCUUGUCAAAUGGUGCACAUAGACGAACUGGUGUCCACCAUCAGACGUAUGAAGGAGGCCUCCGAUGAGGAACGUUUCAAAGUCGUUGAAGAUUUGCUGGUUAAAUUGGAUGUCGACAAAGAUGGUGCAAUUUCAGUCAAUGAGAUUACCAAAGUGGUGCAAAGCAUUGACAGCAAGGCAACUAAAAUCGACAAGAAACAGCUCGAAGAGUUCACUGAGCUGCUUACCAAGCAGGCAACUAAGCGACGCAACGAGGAGAUCGUCCAUAUUGAUGACCUUAUGCUGAACAUUAAGAAACUGAAGGAGACCAGCGAUGAGGCACGUCUCAAGCACAUCGAGAGCGUGCUGGACAAGUUUGAUGCAGACAAGGAUGGCGUCGUUACAGUCAACGAAAUACGCAAGGUUUUGGAGUCUAUUGGUCGCGAUAACAUCAAGCUUAGCGAUAAGGCCAUUGAGGAACUUAUAACUCUGCUGGACAAGGAACAGAUACUGGAAGCAGAGCAAAAGAUCGAGAAGGCGAUUGCGAAGAGCAUGAAGGAAGCAGAGAAACUCAAAAUGGAGGUGGAGAAAACCGACAAGGAUAUGGCCAAGCUUGUAGAUGGUAUACAUGAUUCUGCAAAGGAGAUACGUGAUAUAGCCACCGAACUAGGGGCAAUGGAUCAGGACAGGGCCAAUCAGCUAAAGACGGAACCCGAAGUGAAGGACGCUGCUAAAACUUUAAAAGAUAAUGCCAAGGAGCUGGGCGAUUUGUUGGCGAAAGGCUCAAAGAACAACAAAAAGGGACCAGAUUCGCCCCUAACGCCCCCCAAAGUAUCAGGCGGUACUGGCCGCAAUAGCAGCACUAGCAGCAGUAUCAGGGCCAGCGACGUAGACAACAAUAAUUCAGCCACAAAGGCUGCAUUACGUGAAGCGGCUGAGCGCCAAAUAGAGAAGCUAUUGCCAGAUAACGAUAUCGAUCUGCCACCAACGAUACCCACACCAACAGCGACCCAGUCAAAAGUUGCGACCUCACCAAAGGCGGCGGCGAAUAGCGCUUCCGGUUCGGUCGCCCCCAAGAAAUUGAUCUGACCGGAAAAGCCACAGGCGAACCCGUUAAUUAAGAUUGAACCGAAGCUUACCCAGAGCAAGCCUGGGGAAAAAUAGGCCGGCUAUCUACCCUACGUCCAUAACUAUUUGAUUGCGAUUCUAUUUAUUAUAUUAUUAUCACAAAAAGUUAGCUAGAACAGCAAUUCCAUAGAAAAUGUAUUUAGAUUGAUCCUAGGAGGAGCUCCUAUUCGCGAGGCUGUAUUAAGUAUGUGUAACAAAAAAUUGCACAACUCAGAUACUAUUUACUAUAAAUACAAUCUUUUACCAUUUGGGUAUCAUAAAAACAGCAAAUAUCUUAAAAUA